CAAUUCAAUUAAAACAAAUAAUUUCCAACCUAAGAUAAUAUUAUCAGAAAAACUUAUGCCUUCAAGAAUUGUACUAGUAACAUUUGCUAAUCCUUGGUUAGCCCAAGAACUUAAAAAAGAUUAUCAAUCUUAG